AUUAAUAUAGAUAUAUUCUAUACGGAACCUAAUUUAGAUCUACUUAGCAUAUGCCAUAGAAAAAAAAAUGUCUGAGGAGAAAAAUGUUGAAAACACUGGUGAUUUUGAGGAUAAUGAAAAGGAAGAGGUACUUAGCAGUCAUGAAGCCACAAGUGACCAAGAAACAGAACUAAGUAGCAGUCAGAAAUUCGAAACUACUUCUCAAAACCAUGAAGAAUUUAUAGUGGUCCCCGUAGAAGAUGGGAAGGAUGGGAAUUCAAGUGAAGUUCAGAAAUCUUCUUCACCAUCUGCACAUAGUCAUCCAAACCAAGACAAUCUCUUAACACACCUUGACACUAUGGUUGACAAUGAAUCAGUGAGCUCAUCACACACUCAGCCAUACAUCUCAAUACUUGCUAACUAUAAGCAACAGAUGAAGCCUUUGGUCUCCAAUGUACCAAGAGGUCAGUCUUAUGUUGACAAAAUAGCAACAUCAAUAAGCUAUGCCAGAAAGAGAAUUGAUGCCCGCCCUGUGGUGAAAACUGCGAGAACUCGCGUUCCUCCUAAAUUUCUGCACCUCUCAAGUGGGAAAAGCCUGCCCAGCAAAAAAAAGUCAGGUGAUUUAUCUCCCAGUCUUUACUAUGAAGUUCCUAUAAAACCCCACAAAGUGAUCACAUGGGACGAAGCAACCAAUGCCAGGCCACCUUUGCGGAUAGAUAUGGAAGGGCCUGGUCCUUGCACAUACAAUCCAACAAAGAAACCCCUGAAUGAAAGAAAUGCUCCUUCUUAUUCAUUUGGCACAAAAUGUUAUCCAGAAAAAGAGGGUGGGGCCAGGACUGCUUGGUCUAAAACCUGGUUUCAAUCUAAUGAUGUCUGGUCAAACAAAACAGACUAUGACAGAGAGACCAUUUGGCCUACUCCUAACCUGUACCACAAAGGCUCAUUAUUAGGCCCAAGGCAGAGGACGAUGCCAGAAGCCCCAUCCUACACUUUUGGACGCAAGCACCAACCAACAAAGCAAGCUGUGAAAGAAUCCCCCUCCCCAUGUGAAUAUAGCAGAGAGAUAGCUGAUAAGCUUAUACUAAAACAAGGACCAUCAUUCUCUCAUCAAUUUAGGAGAGAAGGGACAGUACUCUGGGGAACGAGUGAAAUAAACCCUGGUCCUGCAGCCUACAAGCCUUCAUUAAGCCCACGGAUACAGAAACCAGCCUUUACAAUUCAAGGAAUCAGACGAGAAAAGUCUCAUGUAUUAGGUCCGUACUGUACUAUAUAGUGUCAUGAAUUUUCAUUCAAAAAACAUCUUUUGUAAAAAAGGUAACAUUAGGUAAAAAAAUACAAUUUUUGUGAUUCUACUUUUAAAUAGGUAAAUAUAUUUUUGUGAUUAUUUUUAAAUAGAUAGUAACUUCUAGCUAAAAACAAAACUAAAAAAGAUAUUUGUUAAUCAGUCGUAAAGAAUUAGUUCUUAAUGCAGUUUAUAGUUUCUUCAUAGAUCUUAUUAUUCAUUUAAAUGAUGUUUUAUGAGCACUGGAAUUGAACUUACUGUAUACUUUUUGUAAUCUACAAAAGUUAGUUUUAACAGGGCUAAUCAGUCAGGCUAUUUAUUUUUUAUUUUAUGCUUUACCUAUUCCUAAAUAAAGACAGCAUUAGAAAAUAAAAAUAUUUGUAAGAUUUAAAGUUGGAAAAUUUAGUUUAAUUAAAAAGCACAUGGUUGCAAUUUACAAUAAAUCAAUACAACAAGAAGAAAACACAAAACCAAAAAAAUUAAAACUUCUAAUCACAUAUUUUAACUUUAUUUAUUAUUUGCCAUUUAUUCAAAAAAUGAUUACAACGAAAUCUUUUUUCUUGAGGCCUUUUUUGUGUGUAUAUUUAAUUCACAUAUAAUAUUCACAUUUUUAAAUGUGAUUUUGAUAUAGUUUAUUGGUUUAUCUAUUUCUACUCCAUAUGUGUGUUGUUUAUACUAUUUUAUUCCUUUGUAAUUUUCAAAAAUUGUUACUAUAAUAUAAUUUUGCAGCUUUAUACCUUGGUAAUCCCUUUUGUUGGUAUUAAUAUUAAUAGUGUAAUACAAGUGUAAAUUAUUUUUUACCUUUAUAUGUUAACUGGUAUUAUAAUAUAAAAUAACAAACGAAUUACUCCUCUGUAAUCUAUUUUGGUUUUAUAAUGAAAUAUAUUUUAUACAUCAAGUUGUUGGAUAUGUUAGAGCACAUGUUGUUAAUCAAUUUUACAUAGCUGUGUUUUUUAUAAAAAGUAUUUAAGACAGUUAUUUGUUUUUAACUUUUCUUUUUACAAUCUUCAGUAAUAACUUACAUUUGUUUUACCACGCUCAACAAUCAUGACACAUUUACAUAUAUCAGUUCAGAAAUUGACCAUAAGCCUGACUGUGAUUAACUUUAUCUCAAUUGUCAUUUUUUAUUCCAAUUAGUGUCAAUCUUUUUUAUUAUGGCCAUUAUAUUUUGUCAAUUUUGAUGUGUAGGCCUACAUCUCUUUUUAUAUAUAUAUAAUUUUACCAAAU